AUAGUUAAAAGCUGAGAUUUUGUCAGUUCUUGUUUGUUUUAUUCACUUCGAAAUCUUUUUACUUGCAGUAAUAAAAAAAUCAAAAGUGCUGGAAUUUUAUUUAGCGCUAUGGUCAAUCCGAAAGCACGCAAACGUGAGCGUGAAACGGCGCUCUGUCGAACUUGUAUGAGCGCCACCAAUCAGGACAGACGCCACCGGAGAAAGCUGGUCCCGAUCUUUACCACACUGGGAGAUGCUUUCAUUGCAGACAUCAUCACGGAUUGCACCGCCGUUCAGUUUGAAGAAAACGAUGGCCUCCCAUCAGCAAUUUGUCACGAUUGCUUCGAAACCGUGAAGCUAUUGGAAGCCUUCAAGAAGACUACCCGGGACAGCGAUACCAAACUACGGAAACUUCAUAGAGAAGAAUUACCUCGGGAUGUUGGUACCAGCGGUUCUAGUCCAGUAGUUGAGGAGCAGGUCCUGGAAACUUCAGACAUAGAUAUAUCUUCGACUCAAUUGCUAGAAUUAAAAUGCGAACCCCUGGAGCAUACUGUCCAAGAGACCGGCGAAGAAGCCGCAUUGGAGAAUGAGGAUUUCGAGCCGGAAAACGAUACCGACAGCGACUGGAAAGUAAGUGACGAAGAGGAGAAACGGGCGGUCAAAAGGAAGAAGGUUGGACUGAAAUCGAAGCCAAAGCCUCGAAAGAGAUGCGGAAGUCCGUCGCCUGAGAAGAGAAGGAAACGGAUACAAAGAAUACCGGUACAAAGUCAGGAAGAUCUUCAGCUAAGUGAAAAGGAGCAGGAACUAUUUACGGUUAUCGAUGUUAAGCCGCAAAGUCAUAUCUGUUGCGGUUGCUUGCAGGCGUUCGAAACAGCUGACGAACUAGAAGCUCACCGGAAAUUGAAUCAUGUUUGGAAAAGGGAAAAGCAGACGAAACCAAGCCCGAAGCUCACAUGCGACGGUUGUCUGCGCAGGUUCAACUCGACUAAGAACAUUAACUACCAUAAAGACCGUGUCCGGUUGUUGAAAGUCGUGUGGGAGUGUAACAAAUGCAAACUACGCUUCAAAGUCGCUGGUAAGCGGCGGGAGCAUCUGCGCCUCCAUCCGGACGGUGAACCAGUGGCCAUGAUAGCUCGAAUCCGAGAAACCACAAAGCAGGAAUUGGGUUGGGUCUGCUGUGGCAGGAAUUGCAAACAAUCCUUCCCGACCGAAGCCGAACUAAUAUCGCACGGACAAGCUUCCCAUUGGAUCGAUAAGCAGGAAGCGGAUCUUGAGUGCGCGGAUAAGCCGGAACAGUGUCAGGUGUGCUACCAGCGAUUUUCCGACAGGAAGAAGAUCGUUCACCAUCAGCGGAGGAAGUAUAAGUUCAAAAAUUUCCAGUGCGCGCUGUGUGGCCUUAAGUUUUUCACCACCGACGAUUUGAACAUGCAUGAAGCCAGAGAGCACAGCUAUUCCACGUUCCAGUGUGAAAUUUGCAUGAAGACGUUCACGCGAAAGAACAGCAUGAUGAAUCACAUGAAGAAUAUGCACACGGAGGGGAAGCAGCAUCAGUGCACCGUUUGUGGGAUGACGUUCCGACAGAAGGCCGGACUGAAGAUUCACAUGUCCAACCAUGUGGAGGUUCCGCAGUAUAAGUGUGAGGUUUGCUCGAAAAUGUUCAAAGCGAAACUUCACCUGCGCUAUCACAUGCGAACUCACACCGGAGAAAAGCCGUACAAGUGUCGGUAUUGCGACAGUGCUUUCGCCAAUCACACCAACUAUAGGAGGCAUGAAAUGACCCAUACCGACGAUAAGCCCCACAAGUGUUCCUAUUGUGAAAGAUCGUUCAUUUUGAAGCGAACAUUGUUAGAGCAUGAAAGUUCCCAUACGGGUGAACCAAAGCCCAAGCGCAAAGCCUCCAACAAACAAGCCGAUCAGGAGACCGUACCAAUUACUGAGCAUAUAGAAAUCAUCGAGCUAGAGGAUGUCGUCGAAGAAGACGAUGUCAGCAGCGAUGAUGCCAGUUACGACCAACAACCCAUAAAAUUUGGCAACAGACCGGUAACGAUACGCGUUGCCAGACCAAUUGACCCUCAACCAGUGAAUGUGGUCCAUCUAACGUCUCCCCAACCUGUGCAAAAUGUUGUCGCAAACGCAUCCAAUGUUGGCAUACAGUCAGCAUCCAUCGUUUAUAACGUGGUUCCAACGUCGGGAAGUUACAUUUUGAAGUUCUAAAUUCAGUGUUGCGCCUCGUUAUAAUAAACCGUUGAUUGUAAGGUCUGUAUGCUACAUCAAUGAGGAAAAUAAUGAGAACAAAUGACCUUUUUUGAUGCUAAACAAAGACUGAUCAAAAUCAA